GUCCACCACCACCCAAAAGCGCGAGCAUCUCCGGAAGCGAGUUCGAUUUGGGUAGGCGGAAGCUAGGGUUUAGGUCUUAGGUCCCGCGGAGCGACAGGAGGAGAGGCGGAGGCGAUGGCGUCGGCGGAGGAGGAGAUCGCGGUGAAGGAGCCGCUGGAUCUGAUAAGGCUCAGCCUCGACGAGCGCAUCUACGUCAAGCUCCGGUCUGACCGCGAGCUCCGCGGCAAGCUCCAUGCAUACGAUCAGCACUUAAAUAUGAUCCUUGGAGAUGUUGAGGAGAUUGUAACAACUGUUGAGAUUGAUGAUGAAACAUAUGAAGAAAUCGUGCGCACUACUAGGCGUACCAUCCCCUUCCUUUUUGUUCGAGGUGAUGGUGUUAUAUUGGUUUCUCCACCCCUGCGAACUGCAUGAACAAUGAAGAGAUGUGGGAUCCUGCUGAUUGUCAACUAUGAGUGAUGUGUAUUUGGUCAGUUCAUGACAUGGGGUGUAUGUUAUGUGCUGCACUAUCACUGUUUUCUGAUUAGGUUUUACCGGAUGAUACAAUCGUGUAACCAGUCCGUGUGUUUGAAUUUUAUCUGAUUGGAGUGCUAGUUUCUGCGCCGUGCCAAAUUAACAUGUCAA